AGGAGGGAGCGCCACUCUUUCGUCUUCUGGCCUCCAGGCUCCAGCUUGCCUCCUCCACCUCCUUUUUAAGCUGUCCUCCACAGGCAUCGCCUCUGCUGCUCACAGAAAUGUCCUGUCAUCACACUGAUAAAACGCCUUACAAUGAAAACCCGUAGAUGAUUGUGUUGCUCCGUAGUCAGAGCUGUGUCAGAAUGAGCACAACCUUAUUGGUGGCAUUUUAACAUAAUGGUCUAAUUUGGCACAUCAGCUGCACUUUUUACACCACUGAGAAUCACAAGCGUGUUUGAAUACAAGGACUUUCCCUUUGCAAGAAGCUAGGAGGAUGCCGUAAGGGGGGCGCACAGCAGUAGCAUCCUGCAGGCAGCGACGGUAACACUAACAAGCUCAUUCUCCUCUGGAUGGAAUCGACACACACACACAGUUUUGCAUGGCACUGAUUUCCUGUAUCUGUGUGCCUCCCCCACACCCUUGAAGUUGUCUGGGUUGCAAAACAGCGGGAAAGCAGCAGCUGCUCAUCUUUGGCAGUAGAAGAUUAUGGUGGCGGCUCAGCAGUAGCAAAAGCAGCAGCGGCGGUGGCUGUAGGAGCAGGGCAGGACUCUGUCUGGAUGCAUUUCCCACUGAAAAUCAGCACCGGAAAGUGCAGCUUGAAGAUCUGGCAGCCAAGCAGGAAUUGACAGCGUUUGGAAAAGGGAAGACUGGGAAAGGCAACAAACAACGUGGGGGCGGGGGCAGCACCAGCUUUCCCCCCCCUGUGCUUGUGGACAGGGGGGGCUGAUUAUCAUGGCGGAUCGGACAGCUCCUAGAUGCCAGCUCCGUUUGGAGUGGGUAUAUGGGUAUAGGGGUCAUCAGUGCCGCAACAACCUGUACUACACGGCAGGAAAGGAAGUGGUGUACUUUGUGGCUGGAGUCGGAGUGGUUUAUAACACCAGAGAGCACAGCCAGAAAUUUUUCUUGGGGCACAAUGAUGACAUUAUCAGCCUAGCUUUGCACCCGGAUAAAACCCUGGUUGCCACAGGGCAGGUUGGGAAGGACCCUUACAUUUGCAUCUGGGAUUCCUACAGUGUGCAGACUGUUUCUAUUCUGAAAGAUGCACAUACCCAUGGGGUUGCCUGCUUGGGUUUUGAUUCAGAUGGCCAGCGCUUAGCUUCAGUAGGACUGGAUGCCAAAAAUACAAUCUGCAUAUGGGACUGGAAAAGAGGAAAACUGCUUGCAACAGCUACUGGCCACUCGGAUAGGAUUUUUGAUAUUUCCUGGGAUCCAUAUCAGCUCAACAGAUUAGCUAGCUGUGGUGUGAAACAUAUCAAGUUUUGGGCCUUGUGUGGAAAUGCCUUGACAGCCAAAAGAGGAAUAUUUGGGAAGACAGGAGACCUACAAACUAUCCUCUGUUUGUCCUGUGCAAAAGAUGAUGUUACAUACUCUGGUGCUUUAAACGGAGAUAUCUAUGUCUGGAAAGGGCUAACCUUAGUCCGAACGAUUCAAGGAGCUCAUGGUGCUGGAAUUUUUAGCAUGUAUGCAUGUGAGGAAGGUUUUGCUACUGGUGGAAGAGAUGGCUGUAUUCGGCUAUGGGAUACUGACUUCAAGCCAAUAACUAAAAUUGACCUCAGGGAGACUGAACAAGGAUACAAAGGUUUGUCCAUCCGAAGUGUGUGUUGGAAAGCAGAUCGGCUUUUAGCAGGGACCCAAGACAGUGAAAUAUUUGAGGUGAUUGUGAGAGAAAGAGAUAAGCCGAUGCUGAUAAUGCAGGGUCACUGUGAAGGGGAACUCUGGGCUCUGGCAGUGCAUCCCAAGAAACCGUUAGUUGUCACAGGCAGUGAUGAUCGAUCCGUGCGUUUAUGGAGCCUUGCUGACCAUGCCUUGAUUGCCCGUUGCAAUAUGGAGGAAGCUGUGCGGAGUGUAUCUUUUAGUCCGGAUGGAUCUCAGCUAGCCCUGGGAAUGAAAGAUGGUUCUUUCAUUGUUCUGAGAGUAAGAGAUAUGACAGAAGUAGUUCAUAUUAAAGACCGGAAAGAAGUAAUCCAUGAAAUGAAAUUUUCACCAGAUGGCUGCUUUCUUGCUGUGGGUUCCAAUGAUGGUCCAGUAGAUAUCUAUGCAGUUGCUCAGCGAUACAAAAAAACGGGAGAAUGCAGCAAGUCUUCUAGUUUUAUCACACAUAUUGAUUGGUCUUUGGACAGUAAGUUCUUGCAAACUAAUGAUGGCGCAGGAGAAUGCUUUUUCUACAGGAUGCCAUCUGGAAAGCAUUUAACAAGCAAAGAUGAGAUCAAAGGAAUUCAUUGGGCUUCCUGGACUUGUGUAAUGGGAUCGGAAGUGAAUGGUAUCUGGCCAAAGUAUAGUAAUGUUACUGACAUCAAUUCUGUGGAUGGAAAUUACAAUAAUGCAGUUCUGGUAACAGGAGAUGACUUUGGUUUGGUUAAAUUGUUCCGAUUUCCUUGUCUAAAGAAAGGAGCCAAAUUUAGAAAAUAUGUUGGCCACUCUGCACAUGUCACAAAUGUCCGUUGGUCACAUGACUUUCAGUGGGUAAUAAGUACCGGAGGUGCAGAUCAUUCUGUUUUUCAGUGGCGGUUUAUUCCAGAAGGUGUAACAAAUGGAAUCCUUGAAGCGACACCCCAAGAAAGUGGAGUUGAUUCCCAUAGCGAAGAAUCAGACUCUGAUUUAUCUGAUGUGCCAGAAUUAGACUCCGAUAUUGAGCAGGAAUCUCAAAUCAACUAUAUCCGACAGGUUUACAAAGAAGAUCUACCUCAACUGAAACAGCAAAGUAAAGAGAAAAACCAUUCAGUGCCCUUCCUUAAAAGAGAGCGAGCCCCUGAAGACAGUUUAAAGCUGCUGUUUGUACAUGGUUACAGAGGCUAUGACUGUCGAAACAAUUUGUUCUACACACAAACUGGGGAGGUGGUUUACCAUAUUGCUGCUGUUGCUGUUGUGUACAACAGACAACAACACACCCAAAGACUGUAUCUUGGUCACGAUGAUGACAUCCUCAGCCUAGCCAUCCAUCCAGUGAAAGAUUAUGUCGCUACUGGACAGGUUGGAAGAGAUGCUGCUAUUCAUGUUUGGGAUACACAGACACUUAAAUGUUUGUCACUGCUAAAAGGCCAACACCAAAGAGGAGUGUGUGCGCUGGAUUUCUCAGCUGAUGGGAAAUGUUUGGCAUCAAUUGGGUUAGAUGAUAAUCACACCAUUGUUCUCUGGGACUGGAAGAAAGGAGAGAAGAUCGCAGCAACCAGGGGUCACAAAGAUAAAAUAUUCGUGGUGAAAUGCAAUCCUCAUCAUGCCGAUAAACUGGUGACUGUUGGAAUGAAGCACAUUAAAUUCUGGCAACAAGCAGGUGGUGGUUUUACUUCCAGACGCGGAAUUUUUGGAAAUAUUGGGAAACAAGAAACUAUGAUGAGUGUUUCCUAUGGACGAAUAGAGGAUCUGGUUUUCUCUGGUUCUGCUACUGGAGACAUUUACAUCUGGAAAGAUAUUUUGCUGCUUAAAACAGUAAAAGCUCAUGACGGGCCUGUAUUUGCAAUGCAUGCCUUAGAUAAGGGUUUUGUGACAGGUGGGAAGGAUGGUGUGGUGGCACUUUGGGAUGAUACAUUUGAGAGGUGCCUGAAGACAUAUGCCAUCAAAAGAGCAGCACUGUCACCUGGGUCUAAAGGAUUGCUGUUGGAAGACAAUCCAUCGAUCCGGGCUAUCACUUUAGGACAUGGGCAUAUACUGGUAGGGACAAAAAAUGGAGAGAUUCUGGAAAUUGAUAAAAGUGGCCCCAUGACUCUUCUUGUGCAGGGUCAUAUGGAAGGAGAGGUCUGGGGUUUGGCAGCUCACCCUCUCUUGCCUAUCUGUGCAACAGUGAGUGAUGACAAAACUCUUAGGAUCUGGGAACUUUCCUCCCAACACCGUAUGCUGGCUGUAAGAAAACUCAAGAAAGGUGGAAGAUGCUGUGCCUUCUCCCCUGAUGGGAAAGCCUUGGCUGUAGGAUUGAAUGAUGGGAGUUUUCUGGUGGUGAAUGCUGAUACCGUUGAAGAUAUGAUCUCAUUCCAUCACAGAAAGGAAAUGAUUUCUGACAUCAAAUUUUCUCGAGAUUCAGGAAAAUAUUUGGCAGUGGCUUCCCAUGAUAAUUUUGUUGAUAUUUAUAAUGUGCUUACCAGCAAAAGAGUUGGCAUCUGCAAAGGGGCUUCCAGUUAUAUCACACAUAUUGACUGGGAUUCACGAGGGAAGCUAUUGCAAGUCAAUUCUGGUGCCAGAGAACAAUUAUUUUUUGAAGCGCCAAGAGGAAAAAGGCAUAUAAUAAGACCCUCUGAGAUUGAGAAGAUCGAAUGGAAUACCUGGACAUGUGUUCUUGGUGCCACCUGUGAAGGAAUUUGGCCAAUGCACAGUGAUGUCACAGUUAUAAAUGCAGCCUCUCUUACCAAAGAUGGAACACUUUUAGCUACAGGAGAUGAUUUUGGUUUUGUGAAGCUGUUUAAAUAUCCAGUGAAGGGCCAGCAUGCCAAAUUCAAGAAGUAUGUGGGUCACAGCGCUCAUGUUACCAAUGUCCGGUGGCUAUAUAAUGAUUCUGUGCUGCUGACAGUGGGUGGAGCUGAUACUGCACUGAUGAUCUGGACGCGAGAAUUUGUGAGCACCCAAGAAAGCAAGCUAGUUGACAGUGAAGAGUCAGAUACUGAUGCAGAAGAAGAUGGAGGUUACGACAGUGAUGUUGCAAGAGAAAAGGCUAUUGACUAUACCACAAAGAUCUACGUGGUGAGCAUCCGAGAGAUGGAAGGUACCAAGCCACACCAGCAACUGAAGGAGGUCUCUGUGGAAGAAAGGAGUGGGGCACCGAUCAGAGGAGCUGCAGGAACGGUCUCGCGGUGUGGGAGUCCUAAGACAAGUGCUCCCACACCACGGGGCAUUUUGGUCAGUGUCGGGACUGUCCCAGACAAUCCAGGACAAUUGCAGGGAAUUGUCAAGGGAUCAAGGCCGCCAGUUAGCAGAGCUGCUCCUCAACCUGAGAAACUUCAAAAGAACAACGUCAACAGAAAAAGGAAACUGAUUGAGGAGUUGGCUUUAGAUCAUGUUUUUGGGUACCGUGGAUUCGAUUGUCGCAACAACCUUCAUUACCUCAAUGAUGGUGCUGAUAUUAUUUUCCAUACUGCUGCAGCAUGCAUAGUACAAAACCUUUCCACAGGAAGCCAGACUUUCUACUUGGAACAUACAGAUGACAUCCUCUGCUUGACAGUCAAUCAGCACCCAAAGUAUAAAAACAUUGUGGCAACAAGCCAGAUUGGUGAUUUGACAGAACUUCCAGGUACAACUCCUUCUAUCUACAUUUGGGACGCUAUGACUAAGGAGACUCUGUCUAUGCUGCGCUGCUUUCAUUCCAAAGGGGUGAACUAUGUCAAUUUCAGUGCUACUGGCAAACUUCUGGUGUCUGUAGGAGUGGAUCCUGACCAUACAAUCACAGUGUGGAGGUGGCAGGAAGGAGCUAAAAUUGCAAGCAGAGGAGGACACCUGGAAAGAAUCUUUGUUGUCGAGUUCCGCCCAGACUCAGAUACCCAGUUUGUAUCUGUUGGAGUAAAGCACAUGAAAUUUUGGACUUUGGCUGGAAGCGCUUUGCUGUAUAAGAAGGGAAUCAUUGGUUCGUUGGAGGAUGCCAAAAUGCAAACCAUGCUUUCUGUGGCCUUUGGAGCUAACAAUCUUACUUUCACUGGUGCCAUCAAUGGAGACGUUUAUGUCUGGAAGGAUCACUUUCUGAUUAGGCUGGUGGCAAAAGCCCACACAGGCCCUGUCUUUACAAUGUACACAACUCUUCGAGAUGGCCUCAUCGUUACUGGAGGGAAGGAGAGACCAACGAAAGAAGGCGGAGCUGUGAAACUGUGGGACCAGGAGAUGAAGCGCUGCCGAGCAUUUCAGCUGGAGACAGGGCAGCUGGUGGAGUGUGUGCGCUCCGUGUGCAGAGGGAAGGGCAAAAUUUUGGUGGGUACCAAAGAUGGGGAAAUACUUGAAGUUGGUGAAAAAAAUGGUGCUUCCAACCUGCUGAUUGACAGCCACAUGGAAGGAGAGAUUUGGGGCUUAGCUACUCAUCCCUCCAAAGACAUCUUUAUCUCUGCUAGUAAUGAUGGAACUGCGAGGAUUUGGGACCUUUGCGACAAAAAACUGCUAAAUAAGGUGAAUCUGGGCCACGCUGCCAGAUGUGCUGCCUAUAGCCCUGAUGGCGAGAUGGUUGCUAUUGGCAUGAAGAACGGAGAAUUCAUCAUUUUGCUUGUGAACAGCCUUAAAGUCUGGGGUAAAAAACGAGACCGGAAGUCUGCUAUCCAGGACAUCAGAAUCAGCCCUGAUAACCGGUUUUUGGCAGUGGGGUCCCAGGAGCAUACUGUCGACUUUUAUGACCUCACUCAAGGCACAACCUUGAACCGAAUAGGCUACUGUAAGGACAUUCCAAGUUUUGUCAUUCAGAUGGAUUUUUCAGCAGACAGCAAAUACAUUCAGGUGUCAACUGGUGCCUACAAAUGCCAGGUUCAUGAGGUGCCAUUAGGAAAGCAAGUGAUGGACAUGGCACUCAUCAGCAAAAUCACCUGGGCCACCUGGACAAGCAUUCUGGGUGAUGAAGUCAUCGGCAUUUGGCCCCGUAACGCAGAUAAAGCCGACGUCAACUGUGCUUGUGUGAGUCAUGCUGGCCUAAAUAUUGUCUCUGGAGAUGACUUUGGACUAGUCAAACUCUUUGACUUCCCCUGCACUGAAAAAUUUGCCAAACACAAGCGUUAUUUUGGCCAUUCUGCACAUGUCACCAACAUUCGUUUUUCUCACGAUGACAAGUAUGUGAUCAGCACUGGAGGCGAUGACUGCAGUGUCUUUGUGUGGCGAUGUGUUUGAACAUUUAUUCUUCCCAGUGCCACACGUGCUACCACCGCCAUGUGAGUGCCAAACAGUGGAGAUUAGCAAUGCCUCCCAGGAACUCAGCAUCUGGCUGUCAUAAAAUGGUGCCUGGAUUAUGGUUUUACAAAGCCUACAUACAGUUAUGGUGGAAGCUACAAGGAACCUCAACAAGGAAAGAAGCAAACACAAUUGAUCCAGUUCUUAGCCGAAUAGAUGGUGCCGGUCAGCUAAUGCUAAACCGCUCAUGAAUACACGUAUUUACAGUGCUUUGCCCACUGAAGAAACUCUGCUUCGGUAGCCUUUUAAAAAACAAAUCACCUUCAGUUUAAGUCAAACAAUUCACAUUUUCACAUCACGUGCUCAAGUAUAUUAGCAUUUUCAAUGCCAACCAUUCCAAAACCUUAUCAAGAAUAGAAAUAUUUGUGGUAAAGAAAGAUCUAGGCCAUGGAUGGUUUUAUACUCAACAGUACCAUUUUUUUUAAUAUUUAGAGGUUUAGAAAUGAUUUCAUUUGCCAGUUUUCUAUAAAGUGCCUUUUGAAAGCUUUUUCCAGUUCUGCAGGAUAUAACUCAGUCUCCUGCCAAUGCCUGCUUUCUACUCAUGGUGCUAGAACUUAACACAAGUGAGGUGGGCUUACCAUCAUCUUUUCAUGAUACAUCAUUCACUCACGUUCUGCUUGUGUCUGGAUACUUUAGUAGAACCUUGGCUGGUUCCUCUACCAAAGGAAUGCAGGAUGAGAUGGAAGACCAAUAGUACAGAGUUUCCAAGCAGUUUACAUGUGAUAGUCUUGAAGGAACCAUAGGGCAGCAGGGGAAGAAAAUGAAGAACUGCACACGAGCUAGCCUCAUCCAUCUUUUCUUAGUCAGAACAUUGUUCUUCCACAUUUCAUGAUUAGGCCAGUAACAGCAAAGAUCUUGUGCUUUGAGCUCCUCUAAGGAAAGCCAGACCUCCUUCAUCUUUCCUACAGGAGGUGUUUCAAAGACAUUCUUUUCAGAGUUCAGUGGGCAGACAACAUGGCAGCCAUGCACAGGCCCUCUAGUGAGAGAUGACCAAUAACUGUGGAAACUCUGCUCCUUUUCAAGAGACAGCUUGUAGGGGCAAUGGCAAAGUAUGCCAUUUAAUCACGGCAGAUCCUAAGUUCAAUUAAUAGUUGAAGUUGGAGAGUUUGGAGUGAGUGGGAGAAAAAUAAAAAAAAAUUCAUUGCCCCAGGCUGUGUUCAAGAGAGAAUUGAAGGAAGAGCAUUUCUUAUACCCUGCUCAUGGGGUAGGCAAGAAUUAUUAGCAGCUGCUCAAAAGGUGCUGCUGGAACUUCCACUGCAAGCAAUAUUCUGCAAAACAGACAUUCCCCCCCAUAAGGUAAACUGGGGAGUAUGGUUGAAAGUGCCAAUUACCUUGCUGCUGGAAAAACGUGACAACUCACUCCAGAUUCGUGAGAAAUUAAAAAAAUCAAUGUAUAAACACAAAAGUGCUUCAUUAAACUCAAUGGACUAUCAUUUGUUGAGUCUUAUUUAAUCAAUGGAAUAUAUUAAUGCCUUACACUAUAGAUACUUUAGACACACAAGUCCCUAUGCAGUUUUAUUCCCAUCCUGUUUGUAAGGAAGGUUUCCUGUAUUAGAUGUAACUGUACCAAGCUGGUGAUGUCAGGUGGUCACCUUGUUCGCCUAUGUGUAAUGUUGGCCUUUCAUACUGAUUGUAUCUUAAAAUUAAAAAAAAAUCUGUGACAGAAUGAAUCGCUACUUGGUGAUAAUGUGCAAAAAUAUUUAAGAGCAAUAGUAUGCAUCACAAAGAUUUGUAUCUGUUUAUAUGUUAUGAUUUUAGGUACAUUAUGGACAAGAUGCUGUAUUAUAAUGUAAAUUAAAAUAGUAACGCAUGAGUUUAUUUUUCAAAUGAUCAAGUAAAGAUUUAUGAUUUGAGAAGA